AUGAGGAUUAAGGUAUUGAUGUCAAAAUCGAAGUCCAAGAUAUUGUUUGCUGAAGUUGAGGAAGACUUCAUGGAUCAGAUUCUUAGUUUCUUGACAUUCCCACUAGGAGCUGUGGAGAGAGUUUUAGAAGGAAACUAUGGGUUGGUGUGUGUCGAUAAUUUAUAUAACAGUUUGACCAACUUUGAUUCAACCAGGCACUUGAAGUCGGAGAAGAUGAACAAUGUGUUCGCUAGCCUGAAGGUAGCCCCAUAUUUUAAGGCGAGUAACCAGAUGUUACCUAUCGAUGAAAUGACUUAUCCGUCAAAGUUAAGUUUUUGUUGGGGGAAGGGUCCAUAUUAUUUGACUGCCGAUGCAAAGUUGUAUAAGAUGUAUAGUGACUAUUAUGAUAAGAGAGAAGUAAGAAUGUGCGAUCCUAAGUCCACAAUAGCGGAGGAAAAAUCAGGCAAAGGAUAUGCCAAGGGUGGAACCAUGUUCAUGGUUGCCGACGACUUGUCUGUGAAACCUUUAUCAUCUCGCGAUGUUUUAUCAUCUUUACUAACUGAAUUCAAGGUGCCUUACGAUGACUUGGAGCAAAGAACAAUCUGCAUUGGCGUACAAGAGGUUCUGAGCAUCCUCAAAGCUUCCAUGGUUUCAACAUCAGCUUUGACAAUUGGCCUGAAGGAAUUUUUAUCGAACAAUAUUAAAGAAGAAGAUGAAACAGAGACGGAAAGCAGAAACAUAACCGUUGGCUAA